AUGUCGAACGCACAAAAUCUUCAAAACCCAUUUUUAAAUGUAGACGAUUCAAAUGAAAGUGGAUUUGUCGUUGGAGACAACGCAGGCUUUGCGCAACCCGCUUCCGUCGAUUUCUCGGCACAACAAAAUCAAAACAUCUUACCACCACCAUCGACUAACGACGAAGAGAAGCAACCCGACGACACUAAAGUUCCCGCUGAAGGCGAAGAACAACAAGAAUAUCAUUGGUACCAAUUUUAUAAACCGGAGUUCUAUUCUCGUUGGUUCAAUGUCGAGACUUCCGAUGUGCUCAAGCGAAUGUUUUGGGGGCUUAUUCCAUUUUUUGGCAACUUCUUCAAACAGACUGAAACUAACCCAGACUUGUAUGGGACUAUUUGGAUCCCAAUGACUGUCAUUUUCGUCACAUUUUUCAGUGGCUCACUUGGGUCAAUGAUUCGAAACAAAGUCGACUACCAGAAGUUAACGAUCAUCACAGGAACUAUAUUGGUCUACAUCAUAUUCAUUCCAAUCAUACUGUGGGCUGUCUGUCGAUUUGCGUAUAAAGUCAAGAAUUCUCUUGUCUCGUAUUAUUGUUUGUUUGGGUAUGCCUACAUCGUCUAUGUCGUGGUCAUUCCAUUAUGCGCUAUUCCAUUUUGGUAUGUCCAAAUACCACUGGUGUGUGUCGGGUGUGCACUGAUGUCACUUACAGUCUUCAAAAACUUGUUCCAACUCUUGUGGGAAAAUACUAAGAAAUUGUAUGUCAUUAUCACACUCGCAGUUUUACUCGUCAUCAAUCUUGUUGUUGCUGCUAUCCUUAUUGUUUGUUUUUAUUAUUACCUGAUUGUUUGUGGCAUGGAAUCAUCACUCACUUGCAGUACUCAGUCUGGCCAAAUUAGUAUCAAUUUUCUAAAGAAAUUGAUUUUAACUUUUAUUUCCAUAAAAUGUUAUUCAAAUGUUUUUUAA